ACAGAAUGGAUGUUGUAAAUUCAAUUCUAGAAAACAGCACUCAGGAAAAAGAUACACGUAAAUCCACAGAAGUAAAUAAAGAUGUGGAAAUUGAAACAGACUUGGGAACUCUUUUAGCGUUAGAUUAUAAUACUGUGGACCUAAAAGUGUUAAAAUCACAGACCGAACAAUAUCUGAAAAAUUUAACAAGGGACAACGUGCAAGUAGUUAUUAAUAAAAUAUGGGAACUUCCAAUAGAACGUGUUGAUGAGGUAAUAGUAGCAAAAUUGCCCAAACAGAAAUUUGUAUUACCACGAGCUCGACAAAUUCCAAAACCAAAACCUUUGACAAAAUGGCAACAAUUUGCUAAAGAGAAAGGUAUCAAAACUAAACGAAAAGGCAAAUCUAAACUUAAAUGGGAUGAAGAACUACAGAAAUGGAUACCUACUUUUGGUUAUAAACGUAACAAAGCUAUAGAACAGAAGGAGUGGUUGGUAGAAGUUAAUAAUGAAGGUAAAGCUAUGGAAGAUCCAUUUGCAGCUGCUAAGACAGCAAAAGAAGAAAGAAAGUCUAAGAAUGAAUUACAAAGACUGCGUAAUAUUGCCAAGGCAAAAAAUAUAAAAAUUCCAAAGGUAGGACUUCCUACUAGGGAACAUUUUCCUGAUUCACAACAACUUUCACAAGCCAUGACUAUUGCACGUACAUCAACAGCAUCUCUUGGCAAAUUCCAAGAUAGGUUACCAAAAGAAAAAGAUGCCAAGGGUAUAGCCAAGCAAGUUCCAGGUAUGAAAAGGAAAGCAGAAGAAAUUCCCAAAAAUUUACAGGAAGAGAAGAAACGCAAUACCAAUCUGGUAGACAGUAUUCUGAAGAGUAACACUAAGAUUCUACGUGAAGAUUUCUCUGUACCAAAAACAACGCCAGCUAAAGUAAACAAAGACAAGAAAAAAGGUAAAAAGGGAGCAAAAGCUAAGGGGGUAAAGAAACCGAAAGCAGGUAAAGGACAACGAAAUAUGAAGCAUAAAGUUGGAGGUAGAAAACGAAGAUAAAAAUUUGUUGGUACUAUUUCAAUCUCUCUAACUUCGGUUAUUGUAACUUAAAAAACAUAGUAUUAAAUAUGUUGAAAUAAAUAAUACCAAUACGAAAA